AUGCAUUUUUCCACCGUCCUCACUUUCCUCGCUGCCGUCGCAACUCUUGCCUCGGCGAGCCCUUCCCUCAACACCAAGCGCGACGACACGGUCUGCGCACCGGGUACUGGCUUCUUCCAGUCCUGUGCCAAUGGCUUCCGCGGCUGCUGCAAGUCCGACGCCUGCACCAUCGGCUACUGCCCCGGCUCUGACGCUUGCACUCUCGGUUACUGCCCUACUACCUCUGCCUCCGAGAAGCGUCAGGAUCCCACCGUCUGUGCCCCUGGCACCGGCUUCUUCCAGUCCUGCUCAAACGGUUUCCGCGGCUGCUGCAAGUCCGACGCCUGCACCUUGGGAUACUGCCCCGACCUGGCCAUCGCCUCCUCCUCAAAACGCGCCGCCGACCCUACAGUCUGCGCUCCCGGCACCGGCUUCUUCCAGUCGUGCGCCAACGGCUUCCGCGGGUGCUGCAAGCAGGACGCCUGUACCAUUGGCUACUGCCCGGACGUCAAGACCUUUGAGACGGUGACCAAGACGGCCCCUCAGACGACCGCCACCCCGACCCCCGAGAGCAAGUCCAACGCCAACGCUGAUCCCACUGUCUGCGCACCCGGUACCGGCUUCUUCCAGUCGUGCGCUAACGGAUUUCGCGGGUGCUGCAAGUCUGACGCUUGCACUAUCGGCUACUGCCCUUCCAACUAA